AUGGUUGAAUAUCGUGGCAUUACUGAUCAAAUUAAAAUUGAACAAUUACCAAGUCCAGAUAAUCGUUUUACGUUACAAGAUAUUAUUGGAGAAGGUACUUAUGGAGAAGUAUUUUGUGCACGAGAUAAUGAAAUGAAUUUACGGGUAGCAAUCAAAAUCUUGGAAAAUAUUCGUGAAAAUAUUGAGGAAAUUGAAGAGGAAUAUUUAGUAUUGAAAUCACACAGUCGUCAUCCAAAUAUUACCGAUUUUUAUGGGAUUUUCUUUAAACGUGGCCCAACUUUAGAAGAAGAUCAGAUUUGGUUUGUUGUUGAACUAUGUACAGGUGGUUCAGUAACAGAUUUGGUUCAAGGUUUAAAACAUCGCAACGAACGUUUGAGCUACGACCAAUUAGCAUAUAUUUUAAGAGAAACAGUUGAAGCUCUGGUAUAUUUACAUGCGAAUCAUUGUAUGCAUCGUGACGUCAAAGGUCAUAAUAUUCUAUUGACAGAACGUGCUCAUGUUAAACUUAUUGAUUUUGGAGUAUCCUCACAUUUAAUGGCAACAAUGGCACGACGGAACACUUCAGUUGGUACACCAUAUUGGAUGGCACCAGAAGUGAUAGCAUGUGAACAACAAUUAGACGCAGCAUACGAUACACGCUGUGACGUAUGGUCUUUGGGGAUAACAGCGAUAGAAUUGGCUGAUGGAGACGCACCAUUAUGUGAGCUACAUCCAAUGCGUGCGUUAUUUCAAAUACCACGCAAUCCGCCGCCAACGGUAAAAGAUUCAGAGUUUUAUGGACCAAUUUUGUCUGAUUUUAUCAGUGAAUGUUUGGUCAAAGAUAUGGAGCAUCGUCCGUUUGUUAAUGAAUUGGUUCAUCAUCCAUUGUUUAAGAAUGUGGCUGAAACACGUGAAAAAGUGCGUAAACAAUUACAAAGUGAAAUAUCAAAACAAAGAAAGGAGGGACGAGUUCAUCAAAAAAGUGAAGUGACCACAAAAAAUGGCAAAUUAAAAUCCAGUAGAAAAUCAGUGGCCAAACAAAUUUAUGUGGAUGAUUUAGCUGCCUUAGAAUUACUUUCCGAGGAUGUAAUUGUGGAACAACUAUUUCGAAGAUUUGAAUUACAACAAAUUUACACUUAUAUUGGUGAUAUUUUAUUGGCUGUAAAUCCAUUUUGUGAUUUAGGAUUGUAUACGAUUCAAAAACAAAAGAUUUAUAAAGGUCAAGCGCGAUCUAAUAAUCCACCACAUAUAUUUGCAGCAGCUGAUCAAGCUUAUCAAGCGUUGUUACAUCAAAAACAAUCACAAUCUGUUGUUAUAUCAGGCGAAAGUGGUGCUGGGAAAACAUUGAGUGCGAACUUAUUACUUAAACAACUUGUUUUCUUAAGUAAAGGUCCUGAGGGAAGUUUAGAAAAUCGUAUAUUAGAAAUGAAUCCAAUAAUGGAAGCAUUUGGUAAUGCCAAAACUGGUAUAAACUCAAAUAGCUCCAGAUUUGGUAAAUACUUGGAUUUAUUUAUAUCAGAUAGUGGAAAAAUUACUGGAGCUAGAAUUUCUGUAUAUCUUUUGGAACAAUCGCGUGUUGUCAAACAAGCUAUAAAUGAAGGAAAUUUCCACAUAUUUUAUUAUUUGUACGAUGGUUUGGAAAAUAUGAAUAAUUUAAUACAAUACCAUUUAGAUCCCGUUUUGAAAAAUUCCCAUAAAUAUUUGAAACCGUUGCCAGAAUCAAAAGUAACGAAUAUUAAUAUGUGGAAACAAUUGGAAAAUUCAUUUAAGGUUGUCGGGUUUCACAACGACGAAAUCGAUACAAUUAUACGAAUACUAUCUGCUGUAUUACAUCUUGGCGAUUUAGAAUUUGGUGAAGUUUUACAAAAUAACACCGAUAAUAAAUCACGAAUUAUUGAUUUAGCACCAAUGCAUAGAGUUACACGAUUACUUGGUAUCGACCCGUCUGAUUUGCUGGAAGCAUUAACUUGUAACUCAGUUGUGACCCGUGGUGAGACAAUUAUACGGAAUAAUUCGAUUGUGGAAGCCGAAGCUGUUCGGAAUGCAAUGGCUAAAUCGUUGUAUGGUCGAUUGUUCGAUUGGAUUGUUAAUCAAAUGAAUUGUUUGUUAUUGUCAAAUAGAAAUAAUGACCAAGAACAGCAAUCAAUUGGAAUAUUGGAUAUUUUUGGAUUCGAAAAUUUUACAAAAAAUUCCUUCGAGCAAUUAUGCAUCAAUAUCGCAAAUGAACAGUUGCAAUAUUUUUUUAAUCAGCAUAUUUUUACGUGGGAACAACAGGAAUAUAUGGCAGAGGGUGUCCCUGUGGAUUUGGUGGAAUUCAGUGAUAAUAAACCUGUUUUGGAUAUGUUGUUAUCCAAACCUGUAGGUUUACUUGCAUUAUUGGAUGAGGAAAGUCGUUUUCCCAAAUCAAACGAUCGAACAAUGAUCGAAAAAUUUCACAAUAAUGUUCGAUCCAAACAUUAUGUAAAACCGAAAUCCGAUGCAGCAUGUUUUGCCAUACAACAUUUUGCUGGAAGGGUUAUUUAUCGAGCGGAUGGCUUCUUGAAUAAAAAUCGAAAUUUUUUACCACCAGACAUUAUAAAUUUAUUGCGGCAAAGCCAAUAUGAUAUGAUUCGAUUUUUAUAUCAAUGUCCAAUUACAAAAACUGGAAAUUUAUAUUCGGCGAUUUAUGAUAGUAAUGACGGCCGUUCUUCAUCAAGAUCAAGUUCUCGAUCGUCUAGAAAUGAUAAAUUCAUUACACGGUAUUUAGCUUCUCAAUCUCGAGCCCAACAAACUGUGGCUACAUAUUUUCGUUACUCAUUAAAAGAUUUAUUACAAAAAAUGGUUGCUGGCAAUCCACAAUUCGUGCGAUGUAUUAAGCCAAAUGAAUUAAGCACUCCCCAAUUAUUUGACAGGGCGAAAGUAUUAAAGCAAUUACGUUAUGCUGGAGUUUUGGAAACAAUUCGUAUUCGACAACAAGGUUUUUCACAUCGAAUAUUAUUCGAAGAUUUUGUAAAAAGAUAUUGUUUUCUGGGAUUUGCUUUUAAUGAAAAAGUGAAACCAAAUCGUGAAAGUUGUCGUUUAUUAUUGGUCAGAUUGAAAAUGGAUGGCUGGGCUUUGGGGAAAACAAAAGUAUUUUUAAAAUAUUAUCAUGUUGAAUAUUUAUCAAAAUUAUAUGAAGAACAGAUGCACAAAAUAAUUUUAUCUCAAGCCUGUGUGCGCCGAUGGUUAGCAAUGUUACAAUAUAAGAAACUCCGGUGGAAUAUUCGACAGACGGAAAGUGCUGUUACAAUGCAGAAAGUAGUCCGAGGAUUUUUAACACGUAAACGUUUGGCUCGUCAACGUAAAGAGAAUAGAAUUUCCGCUUGUCAAAAAGCAAUUUCUGGAGUUACUACCAAAAAUAAAUGGAUGCCCCCAUCAGCCAAAUCACGUGGUCCAAUCAGUGAUAUGCAGGAUAUAGUACAAAGUAAAUUAAUGUCUUCGACAAAUGAGGAAGAUCGGGAUACACAUAAUACAAAUAUGGCGGCUGUAUUACAAAAUUUAAAGAACAAUAAAUUAAAUAACAAACCAAAUAAAAAGUAUAACGAAAUUAAAGUUUCGAAAGUUAUCGAAGAUAAUAUUAACGUACGACUUCCAAAACCAAAAAUGAAAAGUCACCAUAAUAAUUUAACGCACCCAGAAUUUGAUCGACAAAAUGAUUUUGUGAAUUUAUCUCGACAAGUUCAUUUAUUAAAUCAAACCGUACAUAAAUAUUUACGACGUAAUAAACCGGCUAUUCGUAUGGAAGAAAUUCAACCGGCACCAACUUCGUACGUUCAACCGUCUGGCUUUACGCUGAUUCGAAAGUAUUUACAAUCACAUUAUCCAGCAACUGUAUCGGAUUCGGGAAUUCAUUCAGUGAAUGAUGAUUCAAACAGUUCAUCUUCGGAAUUUGAUGAAGAAUCGAGUAAUGAAUGGGAUACUCCGUUGGUGGAAAAAGAAAAUAAAUUACGGCCAGUUGGAUGGCCUUAAGCAAAUUAAAUUUG